UAUGAUGAAAUUGCAAAUGGCUGCUAAAGUUGCUUUUGCAGUUGUAAUUUUUCGUUAGUGAGUUUAACCAUACAGUACAAUGUUUUAUAGUGGAAAGUUAGUGAAAUACAAGAUUUAACGCUAUAAUAAAAGAAAAGGCGGUCAGCCAUGUCGCUGCCGCCGUACCUGCUGGGGCCCAACCCCUGGGCCACCAUGAUGGCGCAGCAGCAGUUGGCGGCGGCUCAGCAAGCGGCUUUACAAGCCCACGCUGCCGCCGCUGCGGCUGCGCCCCCGGUGCCGCCCUCGCAGCCCCCCAAACCUCAUCAUAUACCUGAAGAGAAGAUCAAGGAGAAAGCCCAAAAAUGGAUGCAGCUCCAAUCAAAACGCUUCGCCGAAAAGCGCAAGUUUGGCUUCGUCGACGCGCAGAAAGAAGACAUGCCUCCAGAACACAUUCGCAAGAUCAUCAGGGACCACGGAGAUAUGACCAGUCGCAAAUACAGACAUGACAAGAGAGUAUACCUUGGAGCCUUGAAGUACAUGCCUCACGCGGUCAUGAAGCUCCUAGAGAACAUGCCUAUGCCCUGGGAACAGAUCCGUGAUGUCAAAGUCCUCUACCACAUCACAGGAGCCAUCACCUUCGUCAACGAAAUUCCUUGGGUCAUUGAACCUGUCUACAUAGCUCAAUGGGGCACCAUGUGGAUCAUGAUGCGUCGAGAGAAACGAGAUCGUAGACACUUCAAGCGUAUGAGGUUCCCGCCAUUCGACGAUGAGGAACCCCCUCUUGAUUACGCCGACAACAUUUUAGACGUGGAACCCUUAGAGCCUAUCCAGAUUGAGUUGGAUCCCGAAGAAGAUGGCGCGGUCGCUUCAUGGUUCUACGACCACAAGCCUCUACUAGGAACGAAACACGUCAAUGGUUCAACAUACAGAAAAUGGAACCUUACAUUGCCGCAAAUGGCUACUCUAUACCGUCUUGGCAAUCAGUUACUGACUGAUUUAGUAGACGACAAUUACUUCUAUCUGUUUGAUUCCAAGAGUUUCUUCACCGCAAAGGCUUUGAACAUGGCAAUACCUGGAGGGCCGAAAUUCGAGCCUCUUGUCAAAGAUAAUUCAGCUGGCGAUGAAGACUGGAAUGAGUUCAAUGACAUCAAUAAGAUCAUUAUUCGUCAGCCAAUCAGGACAGAGUACAGGAUUGCUUUCCCGUACUUGUACAACAAUUUGCCGCAUUUCGUGCAGCUGUCUUGGUACCACACACCAAACGUCGUGUACAUCAAGACAGAAGAUCCUGAUCUUCCAGCCUUCUACUUCGACCCUCUUAUCAAUCCUAUUUCUCACCGUCACUCAGUCAAGUCCUUAGAUCCUCUACCUGAUGAGGAAGAGUUCCUCUUACCUGAGGAAGUGUCGCCAUUCCUGCAAGAGACUGCCUUGUAUACGGAUAAUACGGCCAACGGUAUUGCGCUGUUGUGGUCGCCAAGACCUUUCAACAUGCGAUCAGGACGUACUCGCCGCGCUAUUGACGUGCCUCUUGUCAAAACAUGGUACAAGGAACACUGCCCACCUGGACAGCCUGUCAAAGUCAGGGUUUCCUACCAGAAGUUGCUCAAGUACUAUGUGCUCAAUGCUUUGAAGCAUAGACCGCCCAAGCCACAAAAGAAGAGGUAUCUUUUCCGUUCAUUCAAAUCUACCAAGUUCUUCCAAACCACAACUCUGGACUGGGUGGAAGCGGGUCUUCAGGUGUGUCGCCAAGGUUACAACAUGUUGAACCUGCUCAUCCAUCGCAAGAACUUGAACUAUCUGCAUUUGGACUACAACUUUAACUUGAAGCCGGUUAAGACUUUGACUACCAAGGAAAGAAAGAAGUCUCGGUUUGGUAAUGCUUUCCACUUAUGUCGCGAGAUCCUUCGUCUAACGAAACUCAUAGUGGACUCUCACGUGCAAUACCGCCUCAACAAUGUGGACUCAUUCCAACUGGCUGACGGUUUGCAAUACAUCUUCGCGCACGUGGGACAACUGACCGGCAUGUAUCGGUACAAGUAUAAGCUCAUGAGACAAAUCAGAAUGUGCAAGGAUUUGAAGCAUCUGAUCUACUAUAGGUUUAAUACGGGUCCAGUAUCUAAGGGUCCUGGCUGUGGUUUCUGGGCUCCCGGGUGGCGCGUGUGGCUAUUCUUUAUGCGUGGUAUCACACCGCUGCUGGAGCGCUGGCUCGGAAACUUGCUGUCCAGGCAAUUUGAGGGAAGACAUUCUAAAGGAGUCGCGAAGACCGUCACGAAGCAGCGCGUAGAAUCUCACUUCGACUUGGAGUUACGCGCGUCUGUCAUGCACGACAUCGUCGAUAUGAUGCCUGAAGGUAUCAAGCAAAACAAGGCCAGGACUAUCCUGCAGCAUCUGUCUGAAGCCUGGAGGUGCUGGAAGGCGAAUAUUCCUUGGAAGGUACCGGGACUCCCAACGCCAAUAGAGAACAUGAUUCUCCGCUACGUGAAAAUGAAGGCUGACUGGUGGACGAACACCGCCCACUAUAAUCGUGAACGUAUUCGCCGCGGCGCCACCGUCGACAAGACUGUGUGUAAGAAGAACCUGGGACGACUGACUAGGCUGUACCUCAAGGCUGAACAGGAGAGACAGCAUAACUAUUUGAAGGAUGGUCCAUACAUUUCACCAGAGGAGGCCGUAGCCAUCUACACGACCACUGUCCACUGGCUGGAGUCCCGUCGCUUCGCCCCCAUUCCCUUCCCGCCUCUUUCAUACAAACACGACACGAAACUCCUUAUCUUAGCCUUGGAAAGACUCAAGGAGGCUUAUAGUGUCAAGUCCAGGUUAAACCAGAGUCAGAGAGAAGAGUUAGGACUUAUAGAACAGGCUUAUGAUAAUCCUCACGAAGCCUUGUCCAGGAUUAAGCGUCAUUUGCUUACGCAGAGGACGUUUAGAGAGGUUGGCAUAGAAUUCAUGGACCUAUACUCUCACCUAGUACCAGUAUACGACGUGGAGCCUCUAGAAAAGAUCACAGACGCAUACUUAGACCAGUACUUGUGGUAUGAGGCUGAUAAACGCAGGCUCUUGCCUCCGUGGGUCAAACCGGCUGAUACCGAACCUUCGCCGCUGCUUGUCUACAAAUGGUGUCAAGGUAUAAACAAUCUACAAGAUGUAUGGGAGGUCGGCGAGGGCGAAUGUAACGUUCUUCUAGAGUCGCGCUUCGAGAAACUCUACGAGAAGAUAGAUCUAACACUUCUGAACCGACUGCUGCGUCUUAUCGUCGACCACAACAUCGCUGACUACAUGACCGCUAAGAACAACGUUAUUAUUAAUUAUAAGGACAUGAACCAUACAAACUCGUACGGUAUCAUCCGUGGUCUUCAAUUCGCCUCAUUCAUCGUACAAUACUACGGGCUAGUACUAGACUUACUGGUGCUCGGGUUACAACGCGCCAGUGAGAUGGCGGGCCCGCCGCAGCUGCCUAACGACUUCCUGUCCUAUCAAGACAGGCAGACGGAGACCGCCCAUCCUAUUAGACUGUACUGCCGAUAUGUGGAUAGGAUUCAUAUAUUCUUCAGGUUCACAGCAGAAGAAGCUCGCGACUUAAUUCAGCGUUACCUCACGGAACAUCCUGACCCCAACAACGAGAACAUUGUCGGGUAUAACAACAAGAAGUGCUGGCCUAGGGAUGCAAGGAUGCGACUCAUGAAACAUGAUGUGAAUCUUGGUCGCGCCGUGUUCUGGGACAUAAAGAAUCGUUUGCCUCGCUCAGUCACCACAAUACAAUGGGAGAACAGCUUCGUGUCUGUCUACUCCAAGGACAAUCCUAACUUACUGUUCAACAUGGCUGGCUUUGAAUGUAGGAUACUACCCAAGUGCCGCAGCCAACACGAGGAACUCUGCCACCGCGACGGCGUAUGGAACCUGCAAAACGAAGUGACAAAAGAACGCACAGCACAGUGCUACUUACGAGUUGAUGACGAGUCGCUCGCGCGCUUCCACAACCGCGUGCGGCAGAUACUCAUGGCGUCCGGCUCUACUACCUUCACUAAGAUCGUUAAUAAGUGGAAUACUGCGCUCAUUGGUCUGAUGACAUACUUCCGCGAGGCUGUAGUGAACACACAGGAACUUCUCGACUUGCUCGUAAAAUGCGAGAACAAGAUACAAACUCGUAUAAAGAUUGGUCUGAACUCUAAAAUGCCUUCGCGUUUCCCGCCCGUCGUGUUCUACACGCCAAAGGAGUUGGGAGGGCUUGGUAUGCUGUCUAUGGGCCACGUUUUGAUUCCACAGUCGGACCUCCGCUGGUCCAAGCAAACAGACGUGGGCAUCACCCACUUCCGCUCGGGUAUGUCUCACGACGAAGACCAGCUCAUCCCCAACUUGUACCGCUACAUUCAACCCUGGGAGGCUGAGUUCGUUGACUCGCAACGAGUCUGGGCUGAGUACGCACUGAAGAGGCAAGAAGCUAAUGCUCAGAACAGGCGUCUAACAUUGGAAGAUCUAGAAGAUUCCUGGGACAGAGGCAUUCCUCGUAUAAACACGCUUUUCCAGAAAGAUAGGCAUACGCUAGCUUAUGAUAAAGGAUGGCGUAUUCGUACGGAGUUCAAACAGUACCAGGUCCUGAAACAGAACCCUUUCUGGUGGACACACCAGCGUCACGACGGCAAGCUGUGGAACUUGAACAACUACCGCACGGACAUGAUACAGGCGCUCGGCGGUGUUGAAGGCAUUCUAGAACAUACGCUCUUCAAGGGCACAUACUUCCCGACGUGGGAGGGUCUCUUCUGGGAGAAAGCGUCAGGUUUCGAAGAGUCGAUGAAGUACAAGAAGCUGACCAACGCCCAGCGAUCCGGUUUGAACCAGAUCCCGAACCGUCGCUUCACCUUAUGGUGGUCUCCCACUAUCAACAGGGCCAAUGUGUACGUCGGUUUCCAGGUACAACUGGAUUUGACGGGUAUUUUCAUGCACGGUAAGAUCCCCACGCUGAAGAUUUCGCUCAUUCAGAUCUUCAGAGCUCACUUGUGGCAGAAGGUUCACGAGUCUAUCGUCAUGGACUUGUGUCAGGUAUUCGAUCAAGAGCUAGACGCGCUUGAGAUAGAAACAGUGCAGAAGGAAACCAUUCACCCGCGUAAGUCUUACAAGAUGAACUCGUCGUGUGCCGACAUACUGCUGUUCUCUGCGUACAAGUGGAACGUGUCCCGGCCUUCACUGCUCGCUGAUACCAAAGACACAAUGGACAACACAACAACCCAGAAGUACUGGCUGGACAUCCAGCUGCGCUGGGGAGACUACGACUCGCACGACGUGGAGCGAUACGCCCGCGCCAAGUUCCUCGACUACACCACCGACAACAUGUCCAUCUACCCCUCGCCCACCGGCCUGCUCAUUGCCAUCGAUCUCGCCUACAACUUGCACAGUGCAUACGGCAACUGGUUCCCCGGAUGCAAGCCUCUCAUCCAGCAAGCGAUGGCCAAGAUAAUGAAGGCCAACCCCGCGCUCUAUGUGUUGCGUGAGCGCAUACGUAAGGCGUUACAACUGUACUCCUCCGAGCCCACUGAGCCUUACCUGUCCAGUCAGAACUACGGAGAGCUGUUCUCUAACCAAAUCAUCUGGUUUGUGGACGACACAAAUGUAUACCGCGUGACGAUCCACAAGACGUUCGAGGGUAACUUGACGACCAAGCCUAUCAACGGCGCCAUCUUCAUCUUCAACCCUCGCACCGGACAGCUGUUCCUCAAGAUCAUUCACACCAGCGUGUGGGCCGGACAGAAACGUCUUGGACAGCUCGCCAAAUGGAAGACAGCUGAAGAAGUAGCGGCUUUGAUUCGAUCACUGCCCGUUGAGGAGCAGCCCAAACAAAUUAUUGUCACCAGAAAGGGAAUGUUGGAUCCUCUUGAGGUGCACUUGUUGGACUUCCCUAACAUCGUGAUCAAGGGUUCGGAGUUGCAGUUGCCUUUCCAGGCUUGUCUCAAGGUUGAGAAGUUUGGAGACCUUAUCCUGAAGGCCACUGAGCCUCAGAUGGUGUUGUUCAACUUAUAUGAUGACUGGCUUAAGACUAUCUCUUCUUAUACCGCAUUCAGUCGAUUGAUCCUGAUCCUUCGAGCUCUUCACGUGAACACAGAGCGUACUAAAGUGUUGCUGAAGCCUGAUAAGACGACGCUAACUGAGCCGCAUCACAUCUGGCCCACACUGUCCGAUGAUGACUGGAUCAAGGUGGAAGUGCAGCUCAAAGACCUCAUCCUUGCUGAUUAUGGCAAGAAGAACAACGUCAACGUAGCUUCACUCACCCAAUCAGAGAUCCGCGACAUUAUCCUGGGUAUGGAGAUUUCUGCACCUUCAGCGCAACGACAACAGAUCGCGGAAAUUGAGAAGCAGAGCAAGGAGCAGAGUCAGCUCACCGCCACCACCACCAGGACGGUCAAUAAGCACGGAGACGAGAUCAUCACGUCCACUACCAGUAACUACGAGUCACAGACCUUCAGCUCAAAAACAGAAUGGCGUGUGCGAGCGAUAUCGGCCACCAACCUACAUUUGCGUACUAACCACAUCUACGUGAGCUCAGAUGACAUCAAAGAGAGUGGCUACACUUACAUUCUGCCCAAGAACUUGCUCAAGAAGUUUGUCACUAUUUCUGAUUUGAGAGCACAGAUCGCGUGCUACCUGUACGGCACGUCGCCGGCGGACAACCCGAUGGUGCGCGAGGUGCAGUGCGCCGUGCUGGCGCCGCAGUGGGGCACGCACCAGCAGGUGCACCUGCCGCGACACCUGCCGCGCCACCCCGCGCUGCAGCACCUGCAGCCGCUCGGCUGGAUGCACACGCAGCCCAACGAGCUGCCGCAGCUCUCGCCGCAGGACAUAACAACACACGCGAAAAUAAUGGCUGAAAACCCAACCUGGGACGGCGAGAAAACCAUCAUCAUCACGUGCUCAUUCACGCCCGGCUCAUGUUCCCUCACUGCGUACAAACUGACGCCUUCCGGCUACGAGUGGGGAGCACGGAACACCGACCGCGGGAACAACCCUAAGGGCUAUCUGCCCAGCCACUACGAACGAGUGCAGAUGCUGCUGUCUGAUAGAUUCCUUGGAUACUUCAUGGUGCCUUCGCAGGGAAGCUGGAAUUAUAACUUUAUGGGCGUCCGGCACGACCCGAACAUGAAGUACGGCGUACAACUGGGCAACCCGCGCGAGUUCUACCACGAGGUGCACCGCCCCGCUCACUUCAUGAACUUCGCGGCCAUGGAGGACGCAGCAGCCCCCACGCUCGCAGCGGAUAGAGAGGACCACUUCGCCUAAAUGGCCACACGGUUUUAGUUCUAAGGGAUAGUGUAAAUAAGCGAAAAUAAACUUUUAAUAAAUUUUG